CUCGGGGGCGUGGUCGUGCUCUUUAAUGACAGCACUUUUGUUUUGCUAGUUGAACGUUAGCUUUUGUGGCUAUUAGUGCCUUGUUGCGAACUCAUUCACAUCGCAUAAAUACUAGCUUUAAUGUUGAACCUGGUCAGACAGACAUGUUAGUGUAACCUUGGUAUCCGUUAGCUCUCGUCUUCUCGUCUGUUGUAACUGUUAGCUGUUGCUUGUUUUACAGAUUAGCACAAAGCUAGCUAUGCGGCUAAUGUUAGUUUGUAGCAUCGCUAACUGUUAGCCGGAAGACCAUAAUCCUUCUACGUUAUUAAGCAGACUUAAGUGUUAUGUUAAAGAUGAGUGGCCCUGAGAAGUGAUUCAGACGGAUGAGUUAGCAACAAUGUCCUGUAAAUCAACCAAAGUGGCCCCGAGUGUUGAUUUCGACCACAGUUGCUCCGACAGCGUGGAAUAUCUGACGCUCAACUUUGGCCCUUAUGAGACAGUUCAUCGCUGGAGAAGACUCCCUCCAUGUGAUGAGUUUGUUGGUGCAAGGUAACAUGUUGACAGAUGAGCGCAGUAAGCACACUGUUGUGGCAUACAGGGAUGCCAUUUAUGUGUUUGGGGGAGAUAAUGGGAAGAACAUGCUGAACGACUUGCUCCGUUUUGAUGUGAAGGACUGCUCAUGGUGUCGAGCCUUCACCACUGGAACUCCUCCUGCUCCCAGAUAUCACCAUUCAGCUGUCGUCUAUGGCAGCAGCAUGUUUGUUUUUGGGGGCUACACCGGAGACAUCUACUCAAACUCAAACCUGAAAAACAAAAAUGACCUUUUUGAAUACAAGUUUGCAACAGGGCAGUGGACUGAAUGGAAAGUGGAGGGGAGCUUGCCAGUGGCACGGUCUGCACAUGGGGCCACGGUCUAUAGUGAUAAACUGUGGAUAUUUGCUGGCUAUGAUGGAAAUGCUAGGCUGAAUGACAUGUGGACCAUCAAUCUGCAAGAUCGAGAACAUGCGUGUUGGGAGGAGAUCGAACAGAGUGGUGAGAUUCCUCCUUCGUGCUGCAACUUCCCUGUAGCCGUAUGCAGGAACAAGAUGUUUGUGUUUUCUGGUCAGAGUGGAGCCAAGAUCACCAACAACCUCUUCCAGUUUGAGUUCAAGGGCCACAUGUGGACACGCAUCCCGACCGAACACCUCCUGCGAGGCUCCCCUCCCCCUCCGCAGAGACGUUACGGCCACACUAUGGUUGCCUUUGAUCGCCACCUGUAUGUAUUUGGAGGUGCGGCUGACAACACUUUACCCAACGAACUGCACUCCUACGAUGUGGACUCUCAGAGCUGGGAGGUGAUCCAUCCCAGCAUGGACAGUGAGACACAGUAUUCCAGUGAAUGUAUGCCCAGUGGUAGACUCUUCCAUGCUGCUGCUGUGAUUCAAGAUGCCAUGUACAUUUUUGGAGGAACUGUGGACAACAAUGUGCGCAGCGGGGAGAUGUACAGAUUCCAGUUCUCCUGCUACCCACAGUGUACUCUCCAUGAAGACUAUGGCAAACUGUUUGAGAAUCGUCAGUUCUGUGAUGUGGAGUUUAUUCUGGGCGAGAGGGCGGAGAAAGUCUUGGGGCAUAUCGCCAUAGUGACGGCAAGAUGUCAGUGGCUGCGGAAGAAAAUCCUGCAGGCUUGGGAUAGGCAGCGACAGAAAAAUAAACAGGACAACGGCGAAGAAAGUGACGAUGGGGCAACAGGAGCCCCGAGGGAUUUCCCAGCAGGCAACAGGCCGAUGCUAGAGGUAUGCAUCAGGGAAGCAGAGGCCCAGCCGUUUGAAGUCUUAAUGCAGUUCCUCUACACGGACAAGAUCCAGUACCCACGCAGAGGUCAUGUCCAGGAUGUUCUCCUAAUAAUGGAUGUGUACAAACUGGCCCUUAGUUUCCAGCUUUCCCGCCUGGAGCAGCUGUGUGUGCAGUACAUCGAGGCAUCUGUCGACCUGCAGAACGUUCUCAGUGUUUGUGAAAACGCAAACAAGCUGCAACUGGACCAACUCAAGGAACAUUGCCUUAAUUUUGUGGUGAAGGAGUCCCACUUCAACCAGGUGAUCAUGACGAAGGAGUUUGAGCGCCUGUCCACCCCCCUGAUUGUGGAGAUUGUGCGACGGAAGCAGCAGUCUCCUCUCAGGCUGUACUCAGACCAGCCUGUGGACAUCGGGACGUCCCUGGUGCAGGACAUGAAGGCGUACCUGGAGGGAGGCGGCCUGGAGUUCUGCGACAUCGUGCUGCUGUUAGACGGACACCCACGACCUGCUCAUAAAGCCAUACUGGCAGCCCGAUCCAGUUACUUCGAGGCGAUGUUCCGCUCCUUCAUGCCCGUCGACGGUCAGGUGAACAUCUCCAUCGGUGAGAUGGUGCCGAGUAAGCAGGCCUUUGAGUCCAUGCUGCGUUAUAUCUACUACGGAGACGUCAACAUGCCUCCAGAGGACUCCCUCUAUCUGUUUGCUGCACCAUAUUACUACGGGUUUUCCAACAACAGGCUGCAGGCUUACUGCAAGCAGAACCUGGAGAUGAACGUCACGGUGGAGAACGUCUUGCAGAUUCUGGAGGCAGCUGAUAAGACCCAGGCUCUGGACAUGAAGAAGCACUGCCUGCACAUUAUUGUCCACCAGUUCAUUAAGGUAUCCAAGCUCCCCAACCUGCGGUCUCUCAGCCAGCUGCUGCUGUUGGACAUCAUUGAGUCUCUAGCUACACACAUAUCGGACAAACAGUGUGCCGAGAUGGGCUCCGACAUUUAGGAUGACGCCGAGAGCCGGGCUCUUUUCUCCUCUCGCAGAAGCCAUACAUCACCGCUCCACCUACUUCUAGCCAUUCCCUCUUCCCAUCCGCAGUACUUUUCUUUAUGUUGACCCUUGUAUGACUUAACCCACAUACAGUAGAUGGCAAUUAUCCAUGCUGUAUCAAAUCGUUUUUACUCUUAAAGAGGAGAGACACCACAUUCGGUUCUAUUUUGUUAAAUUGUCUAUAAAUUCCCUUUUUUAUGUUUAGUUUGUAAUUUAUUUAUUUUGUAUUACAGAAGAAAAUGUUUGCAGGGGUUUAUACUGCUCAGUAUUGCUGCUGCAGUUUUUUAUAGAUAUGCAGUGGACUGAAAUGAGUCUUACUUGUGACACUAGACAGGUUCAAGUAUUGCGCUCGCUGUUAUCUGCUAGUUCUCUCGUCAUCCUAAUGCAACUUGAUCAGAGUAUAUAUAGAUGGAUUAUUUAUCUAUAAAUCUGUAUUCAUCACUUGUAUUAUUCUCAACUCUGACUCUGUUGACAAGCCUGGACUAAAUGUUGUAAGGAAUCAAAAUCAUGAUCUGGAAAAUAAUUAGAACGUACCUUUGUCAUAAAGCUAUUUGUUUAGUUUGUUGUUGUUGUCCUCGGCACACAUCUUUGUAAUACUAAUCAUCUCUUACAUUUACUAACAGACGAGCUGUCUCAAUAGAGCAAUGUGUAUCUAGUGACAUCAGUAUGCUGUUAUUAAAUAUUUACCGACAUGGGUUUCAUGUAUUUAAAGCCUUAAUAAAUCUUAUACAGAAAA